UGUAACACAGAUUUUCCUGUUGUGAUCCAAUGUCAGCAGUCUCGCAUUAGCUACCCCUGCUUAGCAAAAGGAUUCGUUGUGUAUCAGUAGCAGCAACCAUCAAGACCCCUGACCUGUCAGCCCUUGGUUGGUUGGUUCCCUUCUUGCACAAUGCUCCAACUAAAAGAAGUUUGGCGAGAUCCAUCGAUAGCUGAUCAGCUUCCCUGGAUUUCGCUGACGACACAGGAAAGCUUUGCUUGAAGAUGGAAACACUGGAGUCUGAACUGACCUGCCCUAUCUGUCUGGAGCUGUUUGAGGAUCCACUGCUGCUGCCUUGCGCUCACAGCCUCUGUUUCAACUGUGCGCAUCGCAUCCUGGUCUCCCACUGUGCCAACAACGAAUCCGUGGAAUCUAUUAACGCCUUCCAGUGCCCCACCUGUCGUUAUGUCAUCACACUCAGCAAGCGUGGCUUAGAAGGACUCAAGCGGAACGUGACUUUGCAGAACAUCAUCGACAGAUUUCAGAAAGCAUCUGUGAGCGGGCCUAAUUCCCCUAGCGAGACGCGCCGUGAGCGGGCAUACGAUACCAACAACAGUAUGACAUCCAGUGAGAAAGUACUCUGCCAGUUCUGUGACCAGGACCAGGCACGAGAGGCCAUAAAAACAUGUGUGACCUGUGAAGUGUCCUACUGUGAUGACUGCUUGAAGGCAACUCACCCAAAUAAGAAACCAUUCACUGGUCAUCGUUUAAUUGAACCUAUCCCUGACUCGCAUAUCAGAGGGUUAAUGUGUCUAGAGCAUGAGGAUGAAAAGGUGAACAUGUACUGUGUUACAGAUGACCAACUUAUAUGUGCCUUGUGUAAACUGGUCGGCCGGCAUCGAGAUCAUCAGGUGGCUGCUCUUGCUGACCGAUAUGACAAGUUGAAGCAAAGCUUGGAAAUCAACCUCACCAGCCUCAUCAAAAGAAACACAGAGAUGGAAAUGCUGCUAGCCAAGCUUAUUCAGACAUGCCAACAUGUCGAGGUGAAUGCAUCACGUCAAGAAGCGAAACUCAUGGAAGAGAGUGAUCAAUUAAUUGAAAUUAUUCAACAGAGAAGACAAAUUAUUGGAACAAAAAUUAAGGAAGGAAAGGUGGUCCGGCUGCGGAAGCUAGCCCAGCAGAUUGGCAACUGCAAGCAAUGCAUAGAACGAUCCACGUCCCUCAUAUCUCAGGCGGAGCAAUCUCUGAAAGAGGCAGACCAUGCACGCUUCCUUCAGUCAGCCAAAAGCACUACAGAAAGAGUUUCAAUGGCAACAGCAUCGUCUCAAGUGCUGAUCCCAGAGAUCAACCUGAAUGACACCUUUGACACAUUCGCUUUAGAUUUCUCCAGAGAGAAGAAGAUGCUAGAAUGUCUUGAUUAUCUCACAGCUCCCAGCCCUCCUGUGAUCAGGGAAGAACUCUGCACAGCAUCUUAUGACACGAUUACUGUUCACUGGACAUCUGACGAUGAAUUCAGUGUUGUUUCCUAUGAGCUUCAGUACACCAUAUUUACAGGACAAGCCAAUGUUGUCAGUUUAUGUAACUCUGCCGACAGCUGGAUGAUUGUUCCAAAUAUUAAACAGAACCACUAUACAGUACAUGGUCUGCAGAGCGGCACCAAGUAUAUCUUCAUUGUCAAGGCCAUCAAUCAGGCUGGCAGUCGGAACAGCGACCCUGGAAAAUUAAAGACAAACAGUCAACCUUUUAAGCUAGACCCCAAAUCUGCACAUCGGAAGCUGAAAGUUUCACAUGACAAUUUGACUGUAGAAAGAGACGAAACUUCUUCUAAAAAGAGCCACACACCAGAGCGUUUUACAAGCCAAGGAAGUUAUGGCGUAGCUGGCAACGUGUUCCUUGACAGUGGCCGCCAUUACUGGGAAGUGGUUAUAAGUGGAAGCACCUGGUAUGCUGUUGGCAUUGCAUACAAGUCGGCACCAAAGCAUGAGUGGAUAGGAAAAAAUUCCGCCUCUUGGGUAUUGUGUCGCUGCAACAACAACUGGGCAGUGAGACAUAACAAUAAGGAGAUUCCAAUUGAACCCUCACCACACCUGCGCCGCAUUGGAAUUUUGUUAGACUAUGAUAAUGGCUCUCUGUCGUUUUAUGAUGCUUUGAACUCCUUUCACCUCUACACUUUUGACAUUGCUUUUGCACAGCCUGUGUGCCCAACCCUCACUGUGUGGAACAAGUGUCUGACAAUAUUAACAGGCCUUCCUAUACCCGAUUACCUGGACUGCAUUGAGCAGCUGCAAUGAUUCAUCCUUGUGCAAUCAGAACUUCUUUUGAGUGCAUUGUUAUUUUGGAGAGUUUUCUUUCCUUGGUUGAAGUUCAAAACAGGAAUGUUUUAUUGGUUAUUUAUGGAUUUUUGACUUUUGAUUAGAAUUUUUUUCUGUUUUGCACAUUGACUUAUUUGUCGAUCUGCCGCAUCCUGCUUGUGGUGCUCACAACAGAAUGUGACAAACUAAGCCUGCAGGUUAUGGAUUUUUGCCCCUGUCCUUAACAGUAAAAUGCCACUUCUUCAAGU